AUGAUUCAUUGUAAUAGUUGUUGGAAAGAGUUUAUAUUUCAAGAUCAAUGUUAUAUCACUGCUUGUCAACAUGCAUUCUGUGAACAUUGUGCAAAUAAACAGUUUACAAAUGAUCGAGUUUGUCCAAUAUGCGAAACAUCUUUAAUUCAAAUAUUUGGAUUAUCACCAAAUGAAAUAUUAAAGAUUGCAGAGAAAGCAAUAGAUUUCUGGACUUUUCAAACUGGGUUGUACAGAGACAACGAAGGCAAAAAGGUCGACUACUAUCAUGAGCAAUUUCAAAAGCUGAAAUCUACGUUCUUAAAACAAACGGAGGAUUUCAAUUCUAGGAUCGAUCAAUAUCGUAAACAAACAGAUAUUCUCAAACGAGAGACGGAUAAUAACAAGAAGGAGAUAAUCGAACUGCAAGAGAAACUCGCUGAAAAGACAAGGCAAAAGAGAAAAUUAGAGGAAUUAUAUGAGCAUCUCAAGAGAAAGUUGGAUAACAGUACUAACAGCAGUCACUUUACCGGUGAUCUCAGUAGUAACACCAACACAACUGGUGUCACCACCACCACCACCAAUUCCAACAUCAACAUAGGUCCAUUUCCAAUGCAAAUGCCUUAUUUAUCACCUGCAAGAUCAACAAUAUCAAAUACAUUACCAUCAAUUUACAACAGCAACAACAAUAUUAACAGUCUUAACAACAACAACAACAAUAACAACAUUGUAAAGAACAGAUUCUCAAUACCUCUGAAUAGCAACAAAUCACCACAAUUAUUACCUUUGGACAACAGUCAUAGAACCACCAGUUUAGCUUUCAACGCCUAUAAAACUCCAUCUUCAAAAACAUUUACACAACAGAUUCCACAAAAGUCACCACUUGCAAAUAACACUGAUAGUAAAAUUUGCUUUGAUCAAAAGAACACCUGUACACAAAAGUGGAAUCAAUAUACAUCAUCAUCAUCAACAACAACAGCAACAACAACAACAAAAACUCUGUCAGCAUCCACCUACAACCGUAACUAA